CGGCUCGGCUCGGCUGGGUGGGAGCGCAGUGCAGCGCCUCCUGGCUGAUGAAGUGCCUCUCCUCCUCCUCCUCCUCCUCCUCUCCUCCCGCCGCAUGCAGCGCGCCGGGCACCAUGUAUCCAAACACCUGGAUGUGUUCAAGGGAUGCCACCAGCUCCCGCUGCCCUUUUUACGGUCCCUCUUAAGUGGCGUCUUUUUUUGGGUUUCGGAACGCGAUAUCCUGGAUGUAUUUUCUCCGGACUGUGACGCGGAGUUGAGCGCAGCUCGGCGAAAACAUGUGGAGAGUGGUCGUGUCCUCUGGUGGGAGCACGGGAGCCAGAGACUGAACAGUUAUUGUGUUUAUUAUCUUUUUUUUUUUUUUGGGUGAAAAGGAGCCUUUUAGGAAACAGAGAGACGAGAUGGUAGAGAAUGGCUGCACCUGACCUUCUGGACCCAAAGGCCGCCGUCCACAACUCCAAGCCUCGACUGUCAUUUUCAGCCAAACCAGUGGUGCUGAACACUCCGGAGGAGGAGUGUGACACCCGGACUACUGUCAUGAGGUGGAAAACUGUGUCAGCCAUCUUUUUCCUGGUGGUGCUCUAUCUCAUCAUUGGCGCUACGGUGUUUAAGGCACUGGAGCAGCCUCAUGAGAGCUCCCAGAAACUGGCCAUUCUUGCUGAAAAACUGGAAUUCUUGGCCAUACACACCUGCGUAAACUCGUCUGAGCUGGAAGACCUGGUCAAGCAAGUGGUUUCUGCAGUUCGAUCAGGAGUGAAUCCAUCAGGGAAUCUGUCCAAUCAGACAAGCCUCUGGGACCUCAGUUCCUCCUUCUUCUUUGCGGGGACUGUAAUCACAACAAUCGGAUUUGGAAACAUAUCCCCUCAUACAGAAGGAGGAAGAAUCUUCUGCAUAAUCUAUGCUCUGCUGGGGAUUCCUCUGUUUGGGUUCUUGUUGGCUGGUGUUGGAGACCAGUUGGGGACUAUAUUUGGGAAGGGCAUCGCCAAAGUGGAAAAGAUGAUCGUGCCGCGGCAUGAGACAUCACAGAGCCGGGGAUCUGAGAAGUGGAAAGUCAGCCAGACAAAGAUCCGAGUCAUCUCCACGCUGCUCUUCAUUCUGUUUGGGUGCCUCAUCUUUGUGGCCCUUCCAGCUGUCAUCUUUAAGCACAUCGAGGGCUGGAGCACGCUCGAGUCCAUCUACUUUGUCGUCAUCACCCUCACCACCAUAGGCUUUGGAGACUUUGUUGCCGGAGAGAAAGGUCACUUGACUGAGGGUGGGACAGAACAUCUGGAGUAUCUCGACUACUACAAGCCCGUGGUGUGGUUCUGGAUCUUAGUGGGCUUGGCAUACUUUGCUGCAGUGCUUAGCAUGAUCGGAGAUUGGUUCAGGGUCAUCUCCAAGAAAACUAAAGAGGAGGUUGGGGAGUUCCGCGCGCACGCGGCUGAGUGGACGGCCAACGUAUCUGCGGAGUUCAAAGAGACCCGCAGGCGUCUCAGUGUUGACAUCUAUGACAAGUUCCAGCGGGCUGCGUCCAUCAAGCGCAAGCUGUCGUCUGAGCUGGGAAUCAACGCUUCCAUCAACCAGGAAAUGACCCCUGGCAAGCGGACGCUGUCAGCCAACCUGUGCGAGGACAGAGAGUCUUACCCAAACUUCACUCUCUCUCUCAGUCCCGUACCCGGGGCUCUGGCCAGAAACGGCAGCCUGUACCUGAACGGCCUCAGCCCAGACUACGCCGACCGGCGGGAGCUCGCCGUCAUUGAAAACUUCAAAUGAGGGCCAGCAUGAGGAUUAGAACCAGAGAACUGUUUAAGACUCACACAUGCAUCUGUGGUUAUUGAUUGAGCCUCACGAAAGGGUACCCAUGUGCAUUCAUUUAGUAGAUUGUGCUCUAGUGAUGUAAACACUCCUGCACAGAUCAAUCAUAAGGCUGUGCACAUUCGUGUGUGUGUUAAACUCUUGCACAUAAAAGCCUACUGGUUGUCUUUAGUCUGUGAAAGAGUCAUUUUGGACCUGCCAACAUGACUGCCAGCUGUAUCAGUGUUUGAGCCAAAGGGAAAGUACGGACUGCAGCAGACUGGAACAACUGAUUGUACGCGAGAAGUGAGUUGAACUAACUUUUUUGUGAGCCAGAAGGAAAUGGAAACCAGUGCUAAGGUGGCAGCACACUGGAUGUCGUCUUCUCAAAAAGUAUUCCCUCUAACUCAUACAUUCAUUGAAACGUAGGAAGCAAUAGAUGCAUCUGUGCUGAUCUCGGGUUGGACUUCUAGGGUUCCUGAA